AUGAAACGAGUGAACACGCUCCCCCUGACUAACGACUGUCAUCAUUGGACUCGUCUGGGCGAAGUGCCUUGGGACCUACAAAAGUACUGGCAGCAAAGAUACACAAUUUUUCCUUAUUAUGAUGAGGGUAUCUACAUGACUGAAGAUGCCUGGUUUGGCGUGACCCCCGAACCAGUUGCGAACCAAAUCGCGCGAGAGAUGGGUUCUAUUAUUAGCGAGUCAAAGACUACAAUCAUAGAUGCAUUUGCUGGCGUAGGGGCGAAUUCUAUUGCCCUUGCCUUGGCUACAGCUGAAGACGGCUCAACGCCCCGCUGGAACAAGGUGAUCGCCAUUGAGCUAGAUGCAGCCACUCUUGCCUGUGCGCAGCAUAACGCUUCCUUGCAUGGUGUGGCUGACCAUAUCAUCUGGGUCCUAGGUGACAGCUUUAAGUAUCUUGAUGCUUUGGUGAACUCGCCAGACAAGCUAGAGGAUGACUUACGAGUAGAUGUGGCAUCCACGGCUGUAUUCGCAUCGCCGCCCUGGGGUGGGCCAGGUUACAGGACCGAUGAAAUAUUCGAUCUGAAUACCAUGGAGCCCUAUAGCUUGGCCCAAUUACAUGGCGCCUACAGAACUAUGGACCAUGCCCUUUACCUUCCACGCACAAGCGAUCUGAGGCAAAUCGCCAAGCUGGUCCCCGAUGGGACUAAGAUCGAGGUUGUGCAGUAUUGUGUCGAGGGUGCAAGUAAGGCAAUGGUGACCUACAUACCCGCUGCCAAAGACGAAGAUACUCACAUAGAAACAUAA